CUUUUCGCUGGGAGGAGACCAGUGGCGAAUGUCCUUUGCAGCGCUGGCUUGAAGGGGAUGCUGAAUGGGCUGUGGCUGUCGCUGGCUGCCGGUUUCCUGGCCGCGCUACUGCUUCUGCAGUUGCUGCAGCCUCCGUCCGCGUCUCCCUCGCUCAGCCUUGCGGGGCUCUUCCACGAUCUGGUCCGCUAUGGGAAGACCAAGGGCGGCUGCGGGCAGCGCCCAGACUGGCUGCGGUACUUCGACGUGCCUAAGAGGUGGUUCUGUCACUUCUAUGUCGUGGCUGUGAUCUGGAAUGGCAUCCUAUUCCUGUGGCUUAUCCAAAGCUUGUUCUUCUCAUGGCCCUUCCCAGUUUGGCUUCAGGAUUUGCUCAGCAUUCUUGGAGAAGCAUCCCAGGACCAAAACAGAGGCAUGUAUGGUUCUGAAAAUGUGUAUGCUUAUGAAGAGGAAGGUGGCGAGACCCUCUCCGCUUUCCUGGUUUGCCUUUUUGUCUGGCUGAACAGCUGCCGGCGACUCUGGGAGUGUCUUCACAUCAGUGUGUUCUCCUCAGGAGUCAUUCACGCUGUACAGUAUUGCUUUGGACUCUCUUACUAUGUGCUGUUGGGCAUAACAGUGUUAAGUCAAGUGCCUUCUAGUGUCCGGGCAGGGAGAGGGGGCAGUCUGAUGGUCUGUUGGUACCACGGCCUUGGACUCCUGAUGUUCGUUUGGGCCUCAGUUCAUCAACAGAGGUGUCUUGUGAUUCUAGCAAACCUGAGGAAAAAUAAAGCAGGAGAGGUGGUGAGUUUGGACCACAGCAUUCCUUUUGGCGACUGGUUUGAAAUGGUGUCAUGUCCACACUACUUUGCUGAAGUUCUAAUAUAUGUAUCGAUGGGCAUUACAUUUGGAUUCAGCAACUUAACCUGGUGGCUCGUGGUGAUGUACGUGCUUUUUAACCAGGCCGUGAGUGCUGUGCUGUGCCAUGAAUUCUACUUGAGCAGUUUCAAGCACUAUCCAAAGCAUCGGAAAGCUUACAUACCUUUUCUUUUUUAAACUAUUUGCUUUAAGCAACUUAAUGCCAACUUUGGCUUCUCACCUGAAAAGAAUGCCCGGGUAUCUGAGUAGUUAUUACAAACCAAGGAUUUGGCUGAAAUUGAAUUGACACGGAUGACUUUGAAAUGUGUGUCUGGUUCUGAAAUGGCCUAGGAUGGCCAAAUGGCCUCCUUAGUGUUCGCAGCUAAGAAAUAUGAAAAUACUAUUUAUGAUGUUGACUUGACUUGGAUAGUGCAGGCUAGUCAGAUCUUGGAAGCUAAGUAGGGCUAGUUUUUGGAUGAGAGACUACUUAGAAAUAUGAAGGCCAUGACACAGAGGCAGGCAAACAUCUCUUGACCUGAAAGCUCUAUGCCGAGUCACCAUAAGUCAGCUAUGACAUGACUGCACUUUCCUCCCACCACCACCAUUUGACAUGUUAAGAUCAAGAUCAAUAACCUUUAUUGGCGUAAUUUUUGAGACGUUAAGGAAACUUAGCAGUUGCGGUUUUGGAGAACUGGCAUUAUGCACAUUGUGCUUGAAUCCUGAAGGGCAUUUUCUGCUGUGGAGCCUAGUGGAAUGUAAACAACUUGCUUAACUUGGCAGAGCAAGAACAAUUUAUGGCUGGGACCAGUUAUGUUCAGAAGGAAUUGCAUGAAGCAGAAUGAAGAUACAGCAAGCGUGUGUAUCCCUUUGGUAAUGAAAUGAGAAGAAAUCAACACUUUUGAUUUUUAUAUGUGAACAAACUGCACUAAAAAUGAUUGUGACUGAGACAAGGUUAAAGUUUGGUCUCUGAGUCACUUUCUCUCUGUGACACUCACACAAAUGCGAGUAAUAAUCUGUCGUGAGAUUUGGAUGUAAAUAUUAUAAGACCGUCUUAAGUAGUUUGUGAAUAUUUUGUAUGACAGACAGUUGAAUUUAAAUUGUUUAAAACUUUCAGAACAGAAGGGGGUGAGUUAAAAACCAGAUUCUUUGUGCUGCACUUUCUUACAUUGGAUGCUGCAGCUACUUCUCCAUGCCUUAAAGUGCAAUGCUAGUAUACUUCUUGCUGGCAUGUUUCCUGUAACCAUAUAUAUGGCCAGAAUAGUGCGACAAGUUCUAAUCACUGAUCACUGCUCAAAAUCAUGCAAAUACAGAAGUGUAUAGCUUUUAAUCUUGACUAAGAGCUGUUGAUAAGAUCUCUGUUAUGUCCUGGCCUGGAUAGCCCAGCAAGCCUGAUCUUGUCAGAUCUCAGAAGUGCUAAGCAGGGUCAACUCAGGCAAGUACUUGGACGGGAGACCUCCUUGGAAUGUCAGGAGGCAGGGGCAGGCUUUAUUCAUCCUCCUCUCUGAAUAUCCUCCAGGCCCCCCAGCAAGGGUCAGUCACCAGAGGUCAGCAUAACUUCCAGUGGCACACACGCACAUACAAAUACGCAAAUACAAAAAAACCCUCAAAUCUCAGCUGUGUCACAGCCACACCCUAAGGCUUGAAGCAACUCUUAAGAAGUUAUUUGCUGGAAUCUCCUGCCAGUGCAAGUUAUAACAGUUUAUCUCAAGAGCGUUCCUCUUGGGCAAUGCAGCCAGAUGUUUACGGAGGUUUGUUUCCUGGUUCAGAGAGGGAAGAAGCAAAGCUGUAAGAAGAAACCUCGUCUCCAUCAUCCUGGAAUGUUAAUGCAGUUUGACAUAUUGUAUUGACUUUACUUACCUCCUCUUGUCCUCAUUGAGGACACAAACUAGCUUAUAUUGUUCAGCUCUCUUCCAAUUUUAUCCUCAAAACAAUCCUCUGACUUAGGUUAGGCUGAGAGUAUGACUGGCUAAAGGUCACACACCAAGUUUUCAGGGCAGAGUGGAGAUUCGAACCUGGGUCUCCAGGAUCCUAGUCUUGACACUCAAACCAUUCCACCACACUGGCUGUCAGCAUUUAACAUACGUUACAAUACUGAAGCCUGUUGCAAUAGGCUCUACAUAUGGUCAGCUUCUAAUACUGGCACAAUUGAUCACCAAGACAGGGUGCCCAAGGGUGAUUCCUGGGUUGGAUCACCAAGACAGGGUGCCCGAGGGUGAUUCCUGGGUUACACAGGCUUGGGUAGUCCUGUGCAAAGUGAAAGCAGGGCCCCUAUGCCAAUGGGGGAAACUAUAAACCUAAAAAAGAACAGCUCUGAAUUCAGAGACAUUGCUUCUAACCAAAAAGACUGCUCUGGGGUUCUCUCCAUUCAUCACCUCAGACCAGCUAUGCCAGCAGCCUGGUGUAGUUAAAUGCGUGGACUCUUCUCUGGGAAAAUGGGUAUAUGUGACCCUUUAGCCAUAUAGUCACAGAUUUGGGAACAAAGUCCUGAUGGCUGUGGGCAAGGGCCUAAAGACUUUGGUUUGGAUCUAACCAGUUUUUCUGCUGAUUUGAGGAGGGGGGGGGUCCCAUCUGACCACCCAAAAAGGUUGUGCUGGGAAUCAUGAGAUCUGCAUGUAAAAAGCCACGUGGAAUGGUGGUUUUAGUAAAGAGAGGAAUUGGGUAAGAUGGAGUGAAAAUGCUGGCUGUAUCCAGCCCGUUGUACAAGAUGCAACGAAGAAAAGCGAACGCUAGGUUGUGUGGCAAUGUGUUUCCUAAUUUCCUUGUACAUUUGCUUUUCUCCAGAGAAUGUUUUCUAUGAAUUGAUUUUAUUUAGUACAGUGGUUACACUAUUUCCAUAAAAGUUUUAUUUUUCA